AUGCAUGCCAAGCCUGAGGUGGUCAAAGAGGUCCUCAUUGUAGCAACUGGAACUGGGGAAGCUCCAGUUGCCUGCCGCCGCCUGCGCGCUAGUGCCGCAAGGUGGUCUGCGGACGGCACAACCCUCUUCACCUCCUCCUCCUCCAACCGAAUCAACACCUUCGUCCUUCCCUCCACCCUCCUCGCGCCCCACGGUGACUCUCCCCUCACCCUCACCCCCCAAGGCACCCUCUACCUCCCCGAACCCACCGCGGCCAUCGCGCCCUGUCCAUACUUCGCCCUCGAACAGCCCUCAACACAAUGCAUUCUGACAGCCAGCACCGACCACCCGAUUCAUUUACACCACGCUUUUCCUCAACCACCACCACCAUCAUCAUCCCAAUCCUCAUCCCUCGACGACGACGACGACUCCACCUUUGGUUUGCCACAGCACAAGCAACAACAACCAAAACCCCUCGCCACCUUCCGCCUCAUCCACGCCGAAACAGAGCGCUACCUCCCCAUCACCUCCCUCCUCUGGUCUUUUCCAGGAACCCACUUCCUCGCCGGCUCCACCAACUGUCUCUCGCUCUUCGACGUCUCCCGACCCGACCUAGGACUUUCCGACACCCCGCUCUUGACCAUCAAAACCACGGGCGGCCCGUCUGCUCAACACAAAUCCGGAAACGGAGCCCGGGUGGUGGGCAUGAAGGGCACGAUCUCCGCGCUGGCGAUGCAACCCUUGAGUCACGGCGAUUAUGGUACCGGGGCCAACGUGGUAAGCGCGGGCACGUGGACGAGAAACUUGGGAUUAUAUGAUUUACAUCGGGCGGGCGCUUGCGUCGCUACUUGGAAUGUUGCGCAGGCUGCUUCCCUGGCAAAGAUAGGGGGCCGGGGGGUGUUACAGACGGUUUGGAGUCCGUGUGGGCGGUAUCUGGUGGUGAACGAGCGGGAGUCGAGUGGGCUUUUGGUCUAUGAUUUGAGGGGGACGCAUCGGUUGUUGGCAUGUUUACGAGGGAGGGAUGGAGAGACGAAUCAGAGGUUGAGUUGUGAUAUUUUCCCGGGAACGAAUGAGGAAGUGGGUGGGUUUGAGGUCUGGGCGGGGACGAGGGACGGCAAGGUGGUGGUUUGGGAAGGGGUCGGAAUGAGGGAGGGGAGUGUCGAGCCGAAUUAUGAUUUCGAGGUGGGUGCGCAGGGGUCGGCGCAAUGA